AUGAAGAUGUUUCGUGAAGCUGACUUGAUGAUGAUGCCAUUUUGCACUGAAGACUUUGGUUUGGUUGCUAUGGAGGCAAUUUCAGCUGAUAUUCCUGUGAUUGUCAACGAGAACGUCUCCGGAAAUUGUAUGUUAAGGAAAUGCCGAUGUUUCAUGAAGCUGACUCGAUUGUGAUGCAAUCUUACACCGAAGGCUUUGGACUGGUUGCCCUGGAAGCAAUUCCAGCUGGUAUGGUGGUGUUUUACUUCAGUGAAGAGCAGAGUGAAUGUGGGAUGUCUCAGAUUCACCAGAGGAAUAUCGAUAAGCCAAAGGUAGCUUUGUCAUAUCAUGGGAACUUAUUCUUUUAGAACGGGAACUUAUUCUUUCACGCCAAGACGUUUUACCAGACUUGCACGUUUAAUUAACACCUUUCGCUUAACAUCUCAACGUAAUUUGCGCAUACUUAACUACAAAGCCAUAUCAUGGGUUUCUAUCUUAACGCUUAAACAAAGCGAAGGUGUUUCGUGAAACUGACUUGAAUGUGAUGCCAAUCUGCACAGAAGGAUUUGGUCUAACUGCCCUUGAAGCAACUUCAGCUGGUCUUCCUAUGAUUGUCUCUAUUUUUAUAAUUUUGAACACAUUACAAACAGGUACCUAUUCUUUCAUGCUGGGACAUUUUUGGGAUUUACACUUUCAAUCAACACCAUUUGCUUUUCAUCACAAUGUGAUUUGCUAAUAUUGAGCUACAAAACUGUAUCUGGGAUUUGUACUUUACUGCUUUAAAUGAAUGAAGAUGUUUCAUGAAGCUGACUUGAUUGUGAUGUUGGAGCACAGAUCCUGCUCUUAGCUCUACAGUUUUUCCCUAGCGCAAUGUCCAGGGAUCGAUUCCUCCAGAUUCUGCGAUACUUACAUUUAGCAGACAACACCCAAGCCCCCAGGGCUGACUCAGCUGGUUACAAUAAAUUGAACAAAAAUUAAACCAUUCCUGACCUUGGUAACACCCAAGUUUCAGCAAGUGUAUAAACCUAACAGGCAGCUUGCCGUUGAUGAAACUUUGAUAAAGUUCAAAGGGAAAGUACACUUUAGACAGUUCCUUCCGAUCAAGCCAGGGAGGUUUAAUUAAGGCCUUUACUCUCGCAGAGUCUACCAGUGGCCAUUUGUUAAAUAGCAAAAUAUAUACUGGGAAAGAAGGUGAUGAAGUCCAGAGAGACUUCGGUAAAGAGGCUGUGAUGACAGUCAUGGAGCCUUACCUAGACAAGGGAUAUUAUGUCUUUAUGGACAACUAUUAUACUUCCUUUGCUUUGUAUGAGGAACUUGAAGAAAGGAGCACUCUUGCAUGUGGGACAGUAAGAUCUAACAGGUUAGGCCUGUCAAAAGAAAUUUGUGGCCCAAAAGAAAAGUAAAAGAGCCUUAAAGGGAGAAAGUUUGUAUACGCAGAAGGGAAGUGUGACAUGCGUGACCGAAAACCAGUGAGCGUUUUAGCCACCAUUCCCACGAGUGAAGCAGAUGAAAGUGUUGUUCAACGCUACGUGAAAGUGAAAUGAACCUAGGGAAAAAAGGGACUCUGCUAGGCCAGGUGUAAUUGGCCUCUAUAAUACUCAUAGGGGUGGUUUCAUCUUACGCCUGAAUCAUGAGGGGGGUGGUCUGGUAUUUCAAGGUUUUUUUAAUCUGAUUGAAGUGAGUACUUCAAAUGCACACAUUUCGCAUUGUAAAUCCCCUAAUCGUGCCUACAUUUCAAGUCUUGAGUUUAAGAAGUCAGUGCUUAAAGGGCAAAUCCUUUAGGAGAGACACAGGAAUUCAUCACAUCCCAGUCUCUAUCCCUGAUAUCAGGUUCAACCGUGACCAUUUCCAUCACCUUAUCAGUCGUGACACCAGAUCUACCUGUAAGGUACACAUUCAACAAGUGAAAACUACAUACACCUGUGCUGUUUAAGGAGUAAGAAUGUGUCCAGAACCAUGUUUCAAUAGAUAUCACAUAUUACAAGUUUAA